AACGAUGUCUGGUUGCGGCAAAGGACCUCGUGUUUUAAUAAAGAACCUCGUGUUGUAAUAAAGGACCACGUGCUGUGAUAAAGGACCACGUGCUUUGAUAAAGGACCACGUGAUGUGAUAAAUGACCUCGUGUUGUAAUAAAUGACCACGUGUUGUAAUAAAGGACCUCAUUUUGUAAUAAAGGACCUCGUGUUGUAAUAAAAGACCACGAACUGUGAUAAAGGACCUCGUGUUGUAAUAAAUGACCACGUGUUGUAAUAAAGGAUCACGUGCUCUGAUAAAGGACCACGUGCUGUGCUAAAGGACAACGUGUUGUAAUGAAUGACCACGUUCUGUUAUAAAUGACCACGUGCUGUAAUUAAAGACCUCGUGUGGUAAUAAAGGACCACGUGCUGUGGUAAAGGACCUCGUGUUGUAAUAAAUGACCACGUGCUGUAAUACAUGUGCACGUGCUUUAAUUAAGGACCUUGUUGGUAAUAAAGGCCCACUUACUGUGAUAAAUUACCUAGUGCUGUGAUAAAGGACCACGUGCUGUGAUAAAGGACCUCGUGUUGUAAUAAAGGACCUCUUAUUGUAAUUAAGGACCUCGUCUUGUGAUAAAUGAACUCGUAUUGUAAUAAAGGACCACGUGCUGUAAUAAAGGACCACGUUCUCUAUAAAGGACCUCGUGUUGUAAUAAAUGACCACUGCUGUUGUAAAUGACCACGUGCUGUAAUUACGGACUUCUUGUGUUAAUAAUGGACCACAUGCUGUGAUAAAGGACUACGUGCUAUGAUAAAGAACCUCGUGUUGUAAUAAAGGACCACGUGUUGUAGUAAAGGACCUCGCGUUGUUAUUAAGGACCUCGUGUUGUAAUAAAGGACCACUUGCUGUGUUAAUUACCUAGUGCUGUGAUGAAGGAGCGCGUGCUGUGAUAAAGAACCUCGUGAUGAAAUAAAGGACCACGCGUUGUAGUAAAGGGCCUCGCGUUGUUAUUAAGGACCUCGUGUUGUAAUAAAGGACCACGUGCUGUGAUAAAGGACCACGUGCUGUUAUAAAGGACCUCGUGUUGAAAUAAAUGACCACGUGAUGUAAUACAUGUGCGAUGUCUGCUCGGGUGCUUACCGCAGCAGCUUCAGAAGUUACAGAAGUUACAGCAGUUACAGCAGUUACAGAAGUUUCCGUUCCAGUGGGUCUGGCUCCGUCAAUACCAGCGGCGGGGGAUUCAUCGCCGGCAUGGUGGUCAUGGGAGUAGUUAUUGCCGUUGGAAUUAUCAUCCUAAUUCUUUGUCUUCUGAAGAAAAAUGGCACCAUUUGCUCCUCCUCUACGGUGACCACUAACCCAAGUCCCACACUGGACACAAUAAACAAAGGAUUCAUUCCUACCGACAACCACAACAUGGGGUUCAUCAACCCGCCCCCCACCACCCACCUACUCCGAUGUGUAUCCACCGCCGCCAUACUCAAACGGAAAUGUGCUCGCGCCCAACCCAGCUCACCCGCCGACAGCGACUGUUUUCCAGUGACGCAAACAUACAUCGUCGGCAGGUAGAGCUGCAACGAUUCUGUCAAAGCAGCAUCAAAUCAUCUGAUUAUAUUUCGAGUUAUAAUUAAAUAUAUCCUUGGUUUAGAUCCUUGAAUCAAACUGAACAAGUAUGAUUUCCUCUUGAACACAGCACAAAGAGUAUUGUUUAAGCUUAUUUAUAACAAAAUAAUAUGUAUAUUCGAUAAUAAUAUGAACUCGACUUUGAUAUUAUGCAUAUACGUAUAUAAAAAGUAUACCAUAUCGUUUACAUGUGUGAUACUUUAGCUUUAUUUAUACCCAUAAUAACAUACAUGUUUAUACGCAUCUUGGCUAGAUUGAACUUUACCGGUACGCAGUUGUUUACCACCAUCGACAAAGCGGGGUUUGGGGGCGGUAGCCCCCGAUACUAAGGAAAUAUAUAGGAUAAAAAGGAUUAUAAGGUGUUGCGUUAGUUGUUAUGUGUAAGGUGUUAAGGGUUAGGGUUAGGGUACGAUGUUAAGUGUUGCGUACCGGUAAAGUUCAAUCGUCCCAUGUACAUUGUUCACAUAUGUAGGAAUUACCUUUAUAUUUAAAAUCAUUUAUAUUUGAUAGAUAUGAAGAAACUGUGUGUUUUGUGGUAUAAGUUUCUGUGUUAUUUUGUGUGAUAUUUCCUUUGGUCAACAUCAACAUUUUUACAGAUAUUGUUCUUUUGGAAACUCGUUAAUGUUUGAGCAUCCACUAGUUAACCGUUUAUAUAUAUGUGGUACGAAAUGAUGCAUAUGAUUGUUAAAUUUACAAAAUUUACUGUCAAUCUUCAAUAUUUAGACAGCCAUGGUCAAGCAAAAAACAGAACACACUAUUUCUAGAGGUCGAUUAAAUGAUGGCUACUGUUUAUGAGUUUUCACCAAGUAAUGGUCCAAUCAUAAUAAAUAACCUUGCUCAGAACAUGCCUUCUAAUGAACGACCACGGUUUGAAAAUGGUUGUGUACAGUUUCAAGACAUGGCCGUUAAUAUAUGGGGCAGUUUUUCUUUUUGGCUAGAGGAAAACCUUGUUGAUAGUUAUACGGUUUUAAUCCGAUAAUUAUGAAACUUGCUCAAAACAUUUUUUUUGAAAACAUGAGUUUUUUUUAUAUGUCUACAACGAAACUUUGUUAAAAUCUAGAAGCCACAUUUUUGGUCUAACCAAGAUGGAACUGUUUUAGAACAUGUGUUCUAAUGAUAUCUGCGCCGAGUUUGAAAAUGGUUCCAGUCCAUUAAUAAACAAGGCCUCCAUAGUCGUUGCAAUUUUUCAUAUACGGAAAGACUGAAUCUCACAAAAUGUGGUCAAUCAGUUUGAAGCUUACUCGCAUUUGUUCUACUGCUAUCUGAGCCGAAUUUGAAAAUGAUUCGGCAGUUUUCCUUAUUUGGCUAUAGCGCAAAUUAUAAUAUAAUCUACUGAUUUAUAUCGCGGGUUAAAUAGACGUAAAAAAAAUACCGCUAAUAUCGCCAAUUGCACACAGAUGCCAAGUUUAUUUUUCGCGAUUAAAACAGAACAAUUAUCAAAACUAAAUAUAUUUUUGUAACAAUACAUGUAUUAUACAAUAGAUUCAACAUUUACCUUGUUAAUAUUCAAUCGAAAUCCAUAGCCGCUUUAAAAUUAAGACAAUAAAUAUCGUGCAAUAUUGGUAUUGAUAAUUGAAGACAAAGACCAGCCACAGUGUGUCUUUAACCGAUAGCCUAAAAGUUUCUGCAUAAAGUCAAUCAACGCUAAUUCGGCUUAGUUAUUCGUAAAUAUUGGAAAUUACUAUGUACAUAAAGUGUACGAUUUUUGUUUGAAAUUAUGUACUUGAAUGGAGAAUUUAUGUGAAUGUGUUUUUGUAACAGGUAUUGCUCUUAUAUAUGCAAUAAAGUGUAAAAUAUAAUAAAAUGAUUUAAAAUAUAUAUCUUACAGAGUUAGUUUAAUUUUACACCAUGAAGGUUUUAUAAUAAAACAGUAAAAAAAAAGAGACACUGUUCAAAAAAAUAAAUAAACAGGUUAACUCGACCAUAGGAAAGUCGAUUAAAGAGCCAUUCAUUGAUUCACUGCACAACCAUACACUGCACAACCACACAUGUACAUGUAGUGUGGGUUAAAACUUUUGCCGCGUUUUGAUGUAUUGCCUUGACGGAAGUAAAUGUUUUAUUGAUGGCCUUGUUCUUACUUGAUUUCUUUAAGGACAUG